CCCCGCCGGCGCGCCCAGCCCAGCCGAGCGCUAUGCGCAAACUCGGCCCCUGGCUCAAGAUGGCGGCGGCGGAUAAACAGAAACAUGAGCACGGGCGGGUGAAGAUCGGGCACUACAUCCUGGGCGACACGCUGGGGGUCGGCACCUUCGGCAAAGUCAAGGUUGGCAAACAUGAGUUAACUGGGCACAAAGUUGCAGUGAAGAUCCUGAAUCGACAGAAGAUUCGCAGCCUUGAUGUUGUAGGAAAAAUCCGCAGGGAGAUUCAGAACCUCAAACUCUUCAGACAUCCUCAUAUAAUUAAACUGUACCAGGUCAUCAGUACACCAACUGACAUUUUUAUGGUGAUGGAAUAUGUAUCGGGAGGAGAACUGUUUGAUUAUAUCUGUAAAAAUGGAAGGCUUGAUGAGAAGGAGAGUAGACGUCUGUUCCAGCAAAUCCUUUCUGGUGUGGAUUACUGUCACAGGCAUAUGGUAGUACAUAGAGAUCUGAAACCUGAAAAUGUGCUGCUUGAUGCACACAUGAAUGCCAAGAUAGCUGACUUUGGUCUAUCAAAUAUGAUGUCAGAUGGAGAAUUUUUAAGAACAAGCUGUGGUUCCCCUAACUAUGCUGCGCCAGAAGUAAUUUCAGGAAGAUUAUAUGCAGGUCCAGAAGUAGAUAUUUGGAGCAGUGGGGUUAUUCUCUAUGCUUUGUUAUGUGGAACGCUUCCAUUUGAUGAUGAUCAUGUGCCAACGCUAUUUAAGAAGAUAUGUGAUGGUAUCUUUUAUACCCCUCAGUACCUGAAUCCAUCUGUAAUUAGUCUUCUGAAACACAUGCUGCAGGUGGAUCCAAUGAAGAGAGCAACAAUCAGAGACAUUAGGGAACAUGAAUGGUUUAAGCAGGACCUUCCCAAAUACCUGUUUCCUGAAGAUCCUUCGUACAGCUCAACCAUGAUUGAUGAUGAAGCCUUAAAAGAAGUGUGUGAGAAGUUUGAAUGCACUGAAGAUGAAGUGUUAAGUUGUCUGUAUACCCGAAAUCAUCAGGACCCUCUAGCAGUUGCUUAUCAUCUCAUUAUAGAUAAUAGAAGAAUAAUGAAUGAGGCCAAAGACUUCUACUUGGCUACAAGCCCACCGGAUUCUUUUCUUGAUGAUCACCAUCUGUCUCGCCCUCAUCCUGAAAGAGUGCCAUUCUUAGUAGCUGAAGCACCACGUCCUCGCCAUACUCUUGAUGAGCUGAAUCCACAGAAAUCAAAGCACCAAGGUGUAAGAAGAGCUAAGUGGCAUUUAGGAAUACGGAGCCAGAGUCGACCAAAUGAUAUCAUGGCUGAAGUUUGUCGAGCAAUUAAACAACUGGAUUAUGAAUGGAAGGUUGUAAAUCCAUACUAUUUGCGUGUUCGAAGGAAGAAUCCGGUGACAAGUGCAUAUUCUAAAAUGAGUCUACAGUUGUAUCAGGUGGACAGUAGGACAUACUUGCUGGAUUUCCGUAGCAUUGAUGAUGAAAUUACUGAAGCAAAGUCUGGGACUGCAACUCCACAGAGAUCAGGUUCUGUGAGCAACUACAGAUCCUGUCAAAAGGAUUCAGAUGCUGAUGCACAAGGAAAAUCUGCAGAUACAUCCCUUACCUCAUCAGUGACCUCUUCACUUGACUCUUCUACAGCUGACUUAACUCCAAGACCAGGGAGUCACACAAUAGAAUUUUUUGAGAUGUGUGCAAAUCUUAUUAAAAUACUUGCACAAUAAUUUUGAAGAUGGGCUUAUUUCUUUUACAGCAAUAAGCAUGCCUAAAUCAUAGUCAGAUGCUUCCAGUUAUAAUCAAGUUAAAUUAAGGCGCUGAAAAAACUAGCCACAAAAUGCGAUUUGCACAAGGAUUGAAAUGAUUAUGGGCAGUUAGGUAUAAUGUGUUGAAGCUGGAGUGGAUUCUGAUUGUCUGCUGUUCAGUAGUUUAAUACAGGUACAGGAAAUCGCAUGCCCUUUGGGCAGUGUUCAUAACGUUUUAUAUUGAGUGCACAUUAGGCUUCAUAGAACACUUAAGUCACCAGGACUUUUUUUGCUGGUGAUGCAUACAUCUGAUGCACUGUAAGUAAAUGUUCACAUACUAGUUCAGUGACUGAAACAUGUUUUGUUGGUCACCAUCUACAAUUGUGCCUCAGUUGAUCAGAACUAUCAAUUAUUUCUUAAUAGUAAUGUGUUAAAACUGCUGUUACUCCCUUUAAUUUGACAGUAAAUGAUCAAGAUUAGUUUAAUGUGCUAUAACUUAGUAUUUUUAAUAACUGAUAGAUUUGAUCAAAUAAAUCCAGUUGAAAUGUCUUAAUGCAUGUACAUGCUCUGGAAGCACUAAGGGUGAAGCUCCAUGGGCUGUAAGCAGAACAGUUGAGGCCACAGUGGUGGUGAGGGGCUUAUACAAAGAAGACUUGGCACCCCGUGGGUUGAAACAAAAUGUUGCUCUGUGGAGAGCUGUCAGCAAGCUCUGAUCUGUGUGGAUUGACUAGCUCUCAUCUUAAUGUGGUAUCAGCCUAGCAGCUCCUCACUGCUACUGCAGGCCGAGAAUCUUGUUCCUCAGAGUUACGUGCAUGUAGUAAUAGCACAGCCUUAAUAGCCUCCAUGCUAUUCCAGAAUCUAAAAUUGACAGUUUCUGAAAUAUUUUAAUACUUCCUGAUGCAGCUGUUAAUAUCACAAGUUGACAUAGCAUAUACUGUAUAGAGUUCACUUUGCAGUUGAAAUUACACAUAUAGGUCAGUUUUUUUCAAGCCACCUUUAUGGCAAAUUUUGCCAUUUAAAUUAAGAAACUAAUAGUGCAACUGAUCAGUUGAACACUUAAAACUGAUUGACAAGUAAGUUGAGUGCUAAUAUUCAAAAGGUUUUCAAGAGAAGAUUGCUAUUGCUGAUGACAUAAAUAUUUCUGCAGUGUUUCAGAAAAUUGAUCCUUAAUUGUUAAAAUCGUAGCUAGUACUUGCACAAAAGCAUUUCAAAUCUCUUCUAAAAUUGGAUGUAUUUAUCUGCAGUUCCUUUGUCAUCUAGCACUAAUGGAUGUAAACAUUAAACAGUAAAGUGUAUGCCAGAACACAUGCUUUGUCUUGCACUCAAAAACAAGUGUUCUCUUCAAAAUAAAUUACAUGACCUACUCAGUUUCAGAGACUGUUCUUGCAUUUACAGACUGGAAAUUAAGGCAUUAACACACAGAGUGAAACUUGGACUCUUAAGAUGGAUAGGGAUUUUUGCCAAUGACUUCGGUGAGCUGGAGACUUCAUCUGUCACUAAGUGCUAACUAGAUUGUAAGAACAGUUUAACCCAGGACAGCUGGUUUCAGUCUAGAAGUUCAUCUGUUAAGAACAUUGACAGAAUCUGAAGAAACUGUUUAAGCCCUAGGGAAUGCUGUAACUCGUUCUGAACUGGGCAAUUGCGUGGUCUGUCUUGUACCUAGGUAAAAGUUAAAACUUCAGUCCCUUGUGCUCAAGUAGUGUUGCAUGUGGUCCCUGUAAUGCAAGGUUAUACUACUGUAUCUCAAAGUAGAAAGACUUCUUUUAAAUAAAGUGUUGGGUUUAUACUGCUGAGAUUGAGAUGUUAGCCUGAGGGACCAACUGCAAAUUCUACUUUUAAGUCCUUUUUCUAGUCUUGUAAGAGUUGGUUCUGAUGUACUGAAUAAAUCAUUGUGAUCCUUUUUGUUUCGCUUUAUUUUGAAAUUGUUAAAUAUUGCAUUUGUACAAAUAUAACGCACAGAUUUUUUUUAUUGCAGUAAUUCCUCAUCUGGAAUUGGUUUGGGAUCACUGAAGUGUCUCUUGUAUAUGUUAGACUAAAUACUUAACUGAUAUCUGCUCCUGGUUUGCAAAUUUGUCAUGCUGAGCACAAAUGCAAGGUGUCAAGGUACAAAUAGCUUUUAUAUACUUUUUUGGCCCUCUCGUGCUUUAAGGCGACCAUGGUUUUUAUUUGUCUUGGUAGCUGGAGGCUGAAACAAGUUUCUGGAAGAAAUGUACUGUAUGCAUAGUUUUAAAUAAAGUAAAUUUUAUGGGUAUGAUAAAUUAGUUUUGAUGGCCAAAAGUUUUCUGAUUGAACUGAGGUUUUUAUACUGGGUGGGGGGAGGGAGAAAGGGGGACUGACAACCUAUUUGAAUCCAGCACAGUUGUCUGUUGCACGACUUUCUUAUGCUUUUUAGGUCUUGGUGUUGAAGCUGCUUUCUUCAGAUGUUCCUACUGAUCUUGCAGACCUUUUUUAGGCAUCAUAUUAGUAUCUGCCAGUAGGCUGUGAAACAAAUGUUCACUGAGAAAUCUGGCAGGGCUGUAAGGGGACAGCUUAUGCAAAUUGGUCAAGUACAUUACUCCAUAUUCCCAACCUUACCCCAGUUGGAGUACUUUGAAUUAUCUUGCCUUUGUAUUGUAACAUUUCAAAAACAUGGAUACAUCUGAUUGUCCAUAUGCAAUAUAACUCACUAGGUAAAGAAUAUAUAUUCAUCUUGGUGGUGCAAUAUUUAAACUUUCAUGUAUGUCUUGACAUGAGUGUUUAAUACAAACUUGGAAAUUUUAUUUUACCAGUUGAUUACCAUUGUAAGAUAUUGAAGUCCUGUUCUUUAACAGAUGUGCCUACUUCCUAUGUUGAUUUUUUUGACAAAGCUGAAUGCAAAAAUGCUUGUUUAUAACUGUAUGACUUUUUAAAUUUUCAAAACUUAAAACUGAGUAAACAUAAAAUACUUAA